CCAAAUUAUCUAAUUAAAAAUUGCCAGUCUGCAAAAUUAACUUAAAAAACAUUUUAAACCAUUUAUUAACUGGCAACAAAACUAGUGAUCCUCCAUCUUUUUUGUCACGAUGCCUCCUAAGAAGCAACCUGAGAAAUCCGGGUCCUCCGGAUCCAAACCAGCUGAGAAGAAGCCAGCUACGGCCAAAACUCCAGCAGCCGCACCCAAGGCUGCAUCUACUAGCUCUGCUGCUGCUCCUAAGCCAGCGACAGCCAAGACUCCGGCACCCGCUCCCAAGGCGGCGGCACCCAAAGCUGCGCCGGCGGCGAAGCCCGCUGCUGCCAAGCCAGCAUCCGCCCCGGCGGCUAAGCCUGCAGCAGCUGCUUCCAAGCCUGCAGAGAAGAAGCCAGCGUCGGUACCUACUGCCAAACCUGGCUCUGCUAAGGCUGCUGCCCUGAAAGCGAAGUCUAGUGCUAAACCUUCAGUGAAGAAAGCUGCAGCUGCUUCCAAACCUAAGCCUAAACCAGCAGCGGCUAAGUUGAAAAUCGCACCCAAGCCUAAGAAGACCGGCAUCAAGGGGCAAAAGAAGCAAGUGGUUAAACCAGUCGCUAAAGCUCUCAAAGCACAAAGAAAGGUAGUCAAAGGUGAACAUGGCAAGCGUGUGCGUAAGAUUCGCACAUCUGUGCACUUCCGCAGGCCCAAGACUUUUGAACCUCCAAGGAAUCCGAAGUAUCCCAGGAAAUCGCUUCCCAAGAGGAAUCGUAUGGAUGCUUACAAUAUCAUAAAGUAUCCGUUGACAUCUGAAGCGGCAAUGAAGAAGAUUGAGGACAACAAUACAUUGGUAUUCAUUGUUCACACUAGCUCCAACAAGCACCACAUCAAGGCUGCCGUCAAGAAGCUGUAUGACAUCAAUGUUGCGAAAGUUAACACCCUCAUCAGGCCCGAUGGCAAGAAGAAGGCGUACGUACGACUUGCCAGGGACUAUGACGCAUUAGAUGUUGCCAACAAAAUCGGCAUCAUAUAAACUAAUGCUGUACUUUAUUUUAUAAGAAUAAAAACUUAAAGUAAAAAAAGUGUAAAUUAUUGUCGUUAAAACCGAAUCCUAGCAGAUGGCGCCGCAGAAGAGCCAUAGUAAUACUGUACUAAAGGGCUUAUUACACAUGACUAAAUCAGUCAAAUGUAAUCGCAUUUAGGAAGGUAGUUUUCAUUGAAUCAUUUAUGCCCGUUUUCACCAACAACCUCUUACCGUUUCCCUAUCUAAAAGCUACUUUUAAUAAGGACCCCUCCCAAUUUGACACCUACCUAAAUUCAUUUUCACCACACUUGUACAUGGAUCGCUUAAGUAAGUGACAGAUUACUAGUUCUAUAAACGAUAAUGCAAAGUCGAUAUUUUAUCGAUAAAAUGAUUUUUCUCUACUUCUUAAGAAAUAAACGUCUAUCGAGUAUAUAUUGCUAAAGCCUGUGAGUUUUUUUUCUUGUGAUGUUAUUUUAAUUUAACUUAAACUACAUUACGCUAUGUUUUAUGCAAUAAAACAGUAAAGAGGUUUUCCAUAGGUGAAUUUUUACCUAUGUCAUUCGCGCGUUUGUCAAAUUGACUGAUGUGUAUGUGUACAUAGAGUGAGGUUAAUUUUGGGUUUAUUAUUGUUGAAUAGAUAAGUUUAUUUUGGCAGAGAAGAGAAAACGAGGAUAAACCUUUCUUGCAGAAGAAAAAGACAAGCUAGUGAAAUUGCUGACGUCUCAUAGAGACACAAUAUUAAACAAAAAACGGAUGGGACCACGAACGAAGCCAAAAACAAAGCUUGGAUCCAGUUACAAAUAGUUUUAAUGCGAUAGGAACCGUUUACAGUUUCAGGUGGUGCGAGAAAUUGGAAAGACGUGUAAAAACAUGCUGCGCCCAGCCCACCUCAAAUUGAAUUGGUGCAGGAGGAUGAUGAUAAUGUUUGGUACAUCAUAUGAGGACUAAUAUUAAAAUAUUUGUUUAC